AUGGCAGCAUUCAUUGGCUUCCCAACAAAGAUGCCUCGACUCGGCAAGAGCAACGAGAAUGCCUCUUCCCGCCUCGACAAGCCAGCUCCCAUGUCUGUCAUAUUCCCAGACACCGGCGACGAGAAGACUAUUCGUCAAGGAACAAUCGUGGCAACGUAUAUCACUGCCUUCCCUCCUGACCCUGACAGUGCACUUUACAAUGUCUGGGCAUUUGUAUUUCGAACGAAACUAUUCGAAGUCCAGACCGUACAAGUGACAUUGGAGGAAAUUCCCAGGACCGACGGUCACUCCGAAUACAGUGACACCUUCAUUAAAUGCUCCUCUGGUCCUCCUCUUGGAACAAACGGUCGAAUCACUGGCAUGUCAAAAACUUUUAAGAUCUCUUUCCGCCAAGGCAGUACCAUUGGGGAUUUCAUCGAUGAAGUGGUGGACAGGAAGUUGAAUAAGUAUCAGCUCGUCAACGGCCGCGGUUUAUUGCCAUCUAGCACAGACUUUGCUGACUUUGAGAACCUCCUAGGCAAACGCUACUGGACUAGUCGUGUCCUCAAGGACGCCACCAGUUUUUUCUCCGCUCGUGAUGAAGUCGUUACCGCGAGAAACUGCCUUCUUCAGGGCUGGGAGCAUGAAUUUCCAAUUCGGCCCGGUGAUUACGUGGAAAUUAUGAAGGGGAAAUUCUUCGAGCAGAGCCAGUGGAAGAUCACCAGGCCCUGA